UCCUCCUCCUCCUCCUCCCCACGUCCUCUAGUGGCUGAGGCAGCACAUGGCUGCCGAGGAGAACGUUCAAGCCCAACUCUGCACGCUCAACAGGGAGCAACUAAUCCAGUUUUCUCCAGUGUGCAGUCUACUAACUGUAUAUGUGAUACAUACUGAUCCGAGCACAAUGGACGCUGCCAGCCCAGUUUAUUAAAAAGAAUCAAGCUGUUUAAAAGCUUCUAGCAGCGUCGACCCUGAAAAUCACUGAUGAAUGCGGAGUCGUUUUUACUAUUAUUUGUCAUUCAAAGCGCUCGGUUUAACAUUUGCACUGUGUCCUUAAAAAAAAUGCACGAUUGACAGACUGGGAUGAUUCUCCUUUUGUGGCACUCUGUGUGUCCUUGUGACGUGGGGCGCCCCACUCAGAGGACACCCACUUUAUAAGGCAAUGAAGGGAGCAUCAGAAGCCCAGCCUCCUCUUUGUGUGUGACGCCCACGCUGAAGCCCUGGCGGCUAUAAAAGCCCCGGCUCUCAGCGGAUGGGCCCACACUGAUACCGAUCACACAGGCUACCGAGAGCCCUCGUUUCUGUUGCUGGCACGGCAGCCUCCUCGUAUCAGCCGUUUCCAUAGGAACCCUCGAUAUUCAAAGUCGGCUUUAGCUCGCCGUGGAAAGAGAGGCCGGAUCAAUUCAUCGGUUUAUUGGAUUAUUAUGGAGGAGAGCGACCUGAGAUCGUUGUUAUGAACCACGAGUGCGGCAGCAGAGAAAAGUUUUCCUCCCCGAAUUUUCUUUCUCGAGUUUUUCCCCGACCUCUGACUCCGGCGAACAUGGUCUCUCACAGAUCCACCAAGGGAGCAUCCAAAGCCCGGCGGGACCACAUCAAUCAUGAGAUCAGGAAUAUGCGGGCUCUCUUGCCCGUCACCCAGGAGGACCAGGAGCGCCUCUCCUACCUUCACUCCAUGGCCGCCAUCUGCACCUACAUCAGGAAGUCUGUUCUCUUCCAGGGGCUUCCAGCUGGGGACGCUCCGCUCUGCUCUCUGCCGUACGAGGCCUUUCUUCAGGCUCUGCACGGCUUCAUCCUCGUCACAACGGCGCAGGGCAGGCUCGUCUACGUGUCGGAGAAUGUGUCUGAGUAUCUCGGCAUUUCCAUGAUAGACGUGCUUCAGGGAGACACAGUAUACGACAUGGUGGAGCGCUCUGAUGCUGAUAUUGUUAAGUCAAACCUGGACAUCGAGAAGAACAUGACGUCAGAGAGGAGCUUUAUAUGUUGCAUGCAAACCUCAAAGGCCUUCAAGAUGCAGCACGGCGGCUGCUGCUCCAUGCUGGUCAGGGGGAGCUUCCGGUUCACCCCUCAGCCCUGUCCGUCCUCGUCCUCCUCCUCCUCCGCUGAGCCUCUGUUCGUGGCCAUCUGCACCCCCACGGUGAACCGCCUGAGAAGCGCGGACUCCCACUGGUGUCACAGCUUCUGCAGCACCCACAGGCUGGACAUGAGCUUCACUCAGCUCUCAGACAGCGUUUCGUGUCUGUUGGGGUACUCGGCUGAGGAAAUGAGCGGUCGAUCGUGGUACAGUCUCGUCCACCCUGAGGAUCUAUCGCUGAGUGCAGAUUCCCAUCGAAGUUUGGUGCAGGCAGAUGAAGGCUUCCAGGUGGAGAUGGUGCUGAGGCUCCAGCGCACGGAUCUGUCGUGGACUUGGCUCUACAUUCGGGCUAACAAGGACUCCGAGCGUCACGCCAUCAGCUGCACUAACUUCAUCAUCAGCGAAACCGAGGCCAAAUUUCUGCAGAAGAAAAUCAGCAGCGAAGCCUUCAGGCCGUCGUCUCUGACAAAUUCUUCUCACCAGGCGCCCCAGACUCCCAGCUACAGCGCUAAAGGUUUUAAAAGGCUGAGGACGUCUAACAGCCAAAGUGAGGAGUCGUGUUCCAGAGCUCGGAGAGAGUCUGUUCAAGAUGUGUGCUACGUGGCCUCCUCCCAAGGCAACAGCUCACCUGUUCCCAUGGGUGACAGCCCAUCUCUGCUCAUCCCUCCUUACAGUCCCUCCUCCUCCUCCUCCUCCUCCUCCUCCUACUCCUCCUACUCACCUCUGCAGCCAGAGGAGCUCAGCCAUGACCUCCUGAUGGAUGUGUGUGAAUGCACAGAUCGGCUGCUGUCCUCCCCCGAGGGCUCUCCCUCCUAUUACUCCUUCCCGGAGGCAGGGCUCUGUCACCAGUCGCCCUCCGACUCCGUCCCUGCAGCCGCCGAACCCACCUUCGACCAGGGGGCCUUCGGCGCGCUCAGUACCCACUCCCCUUUCUCCUCCUCGUCCCCAUCCUACGACUUCCAGCCUUGCGCGUCCAACGCCCGAUUAGUUCCGGACUGCCAGUCUGCGUCUGACGCGUGCGAGAGCUCGGCGGACUGUGCCCUGCACCCAGACGAUUUCGGCCUUCUCGAGCAGCCACAAGGAGGCGCCCUCGUCCAGCUGCAUCACGUCGUUCCCCAUGAGUUGCCCAUGCAUUCCAAUCUCCUCACCCCCGGCCAGUCGCCCGCAUCCACGGAGCCUAACCCGUACAACGAGAGGGAGCAGGCUGAGAUCAGCAUUCUGGCUCAGCAGAUCUCCUCCCUGGCCAGCAGCUUCGACCUGCACCACACCCUGAAUCCCCUGCAAAAUGCGGUGCAGCCUGCGGCCACCGACGUCCUCCCCUCGGCUUGCGACUGGCCCCGUAGCCCUCCUCUCCCUGCGAGCCUUCUUCCCAAGCGUCAAGUGAUCCUCGAUUACGGCGUGUUUGACAGCAUCCUGAAGGACCUGAACAUACUCCAGUGGAAAAGCAGCACAUCCCACCCCGGACGUAUUUGCUGCAACUACCAGCAAGGGUUGGUGUGCAGCAGGAACGGGUCCCAUCAUCUGCAUGAAGAGACCCUCAGGCUCAUCGCAGAGGACCCUCUGCCUGUAGAGCACUUCACCACAGGCAGUAUGGAUCCCUUCAGUUUGCAGUUGGGACACCAUGACCAAAACACUGGGUUGCAUCAACUCAACCACUACAUACAGAGCAGUCUUCAGCAAGAUGGAUUUGCUGAAGAAAACCUGUACUGACAUAAGUCUGUGACUUACUGUGCUACACCUUGUAUGACAUAUUGUCAAUGGGCAAUCUUCCGCCGCUGGAUUCAAAGAAGAAUGCAGGCAAAGACAUUCAAAGGACUUCUUUGCUAAGACACUGUUUCCCCCAAAAUGACUUAUCUCUGAAUGUAAAAAAAAAAUACUAAAGUGGAUUCUGUGUUGUCCCAGCAAUGCAGCUUUGUCUUAAUUUCUAAACGGGACUGUCAGGCUUGUUCUAGCUGGUUCUGCUGAUGUCUUACAUUUUAUGAAAGGAGAGAAGGUACUUUUUAAAAAAACACGUACACGCUGAAAUGGAGGUAUAUAUUUUUCUUCUAUUACUGAGUGACCACAGUUUACUAUUGAGCACUUUAUCAAUGUCACGUUGCCACAAGAAUUUUAUAAACGAGAAGAUGUGCCGAUUUAAAGGAAUAUUACCUAGAAGUCAGAGCUACCUGGAUGAGCUUUAACACAUAGAUCAUUCCUUAUAAUGACGAAGCAUUUGUAAAUACUUCUUUUUUUUGUUUGUUUGUUUGUUUUUGUGCCUUAAGACGUGGAGGGAAGAACCGUACUGGUUUGCUAAAGAUAAUAAUGUUUCUAUUCCUGAUUUCUUCUUAGUGUCUUAUUAGUUUUCGUGCUAUGCCAUUAACGAUAACCUCGGAAACAAGGAUAUAGUGAAGACGAUUGUAAACUGAGAACCUACCUCACCGGCGCAGCUAAAAACAUUCCAAGUCUGAGUUAUGUUCAUGAAUUGUAUUUAUUUGGUUUUGAACACACUGAACUUUACUUUAACCUCACUUACUCGUGUUAAAAAUGUUUUAUUUAACUGUUGUAUGAGUCUUAAACUUAAUUCAUUCCAUAUUUGAUUUUUUUUUCAUGGUACUUCAAACUCUAAAUGUUUAAAUGUGUUAUUGUGUCCUUCUUGUUUAAAAUGCCUGAAAUGUGAAUAAAUCCAAUGAAACCACAUAAA